AUGGAGUCCCCAAUGCAGAAACCCGCAACCACGGACGAUGUCCCCCCAUUUACCGACGAGAAACCCUCUGCUUCCAAGGCGCCCGUCGUAAGAGGCGCUAGAGCGUGCACUGUCUGUCGGGCAGCGAAGAUGAAAUGCGUCGGUGCCGACGACGGCAACAACAUCCCUUGUCAACGAUGCAAACGCUCUGGCGCAGAAUGUAUUUUUGAGAAACAUCGCCGCGGUCGUAAGCCCGGCUCAAGAUUGUCUGAAGCGUCGAAAAUGCUUCGACGUCUCGAGAAGGGGCUCAACACGGCAAAACAACAGAAAUCCACCGUCGCAGAUUCUCUGACCCUCCCGCCGCUCCACAAUUCUCGCGGCACUGAUGCCCGUUACCCAAACGGGGACAGCUUCGGAGCGUCCAGCUCUAGCUUCUCGGACAACAAGUUGCCGCCGUUGAACCUACAGCAAGAGGCUCACCUUCGAUCGGCGCCCGGUUCCGACUCCGAGAUGGAGGAAGACGACGAUUCCAGCUACACAGAUGGAAUGUACCCUGCCAGAAUGAUCAAGCAGAAUGCUCGUAACUCAAGUUUCUUCAAGACGAUCUUGAACCCCGAGCAGGCGGACACGCCCGUCCCACACUCCGCUGUCUCAGACCGUGCCUACCACUCUCAGUCACCCACAUCAGCUCCACCUGGUCAGCGCAUACCUCUAACGGACCUGUUUAGGGAGCAGAAUGAACUUCAAGAUCCUGUUGACGCUGGUCUCAUCGACGAGGAGACGGUUUCACAGCUGUGGGACAUGUUUUUCAUCCGUCUGAACCCCUUUAUAUGCCUAUUCGACCCUGCCCUGCACUCCGUCUCGUAUGUGCGCAAGCGCUCCCCGUUCCUCUUCACGGCGCUCAUCAUGGCCUGCUGCAAAUUUUUCAAAACCGAACUCUAUGUCGAAGUGCUGCAGCUCGCGCACAAGUUCGCUGUCCGUGCGUUUGCCGAGAACCAGCAGAGCGUCGAGGUCGUGCAGGCCUUUGCAUGCAUGACCUACUGGAAGGAGCCAGACGACACGCGCACCUGGACUUACAUCGGCUACGCCUGCCGGAUGUCCGUCGAACUUGGUCUGAACCGUUACGUCGGCAAGCCUCAGGGCGAGACCGAGCUCCAGCUGCGUGAACGCCGGAAUCGCGAGCGCACGUACCUCGUGCUGUUCGUGCACGACCGCAGCCUCAGCAUGCAGACCGGCAAGCACUGGAUGCUCCCCGUGGACGAGCUUGUGCGCCAUACGCACACAUGGCACGAGGAGGGCGGCGCACACAUCCGCCAGGAGGAUGUCAUCGUCGCAGCGUUCACCGAUCUCAGGACGAUCGCGGCCGACGUCACGGACGUGUUCAACAUGCACCAUGGUGGGGGCGGCUUGAGUCAUGAGGAGCGCAACUAUGAAAUGCUCCUGCGCAGCUGCAACCAGAAGCUGAACAACUGGGUCGAGGUGUGGCAGACAGAGAUGCGGCGAGCGAAGGGAAACUCGUAUCAUUUUUCAAUGUUGAUGUUCUUCCAGCUGCAUGUUAGACUAUUCCUCAAUACCUUCGUUAUCAACUCGUCGAGCCCGCAGGCAAGUGGAGGGGUUAACAUACAGGCGCUCAACAUGUGCUACACGAGUGCGAUGGAUAAUCUGAAGAUCAUGGCCGAGGACUUCGCUCAGGUCCAGAUGCUUCGCUACGGCCAGGACUCGACGACGGUUAUGACAGCUUACUCGGCUGUGGUUUUGAUGAAGCUCCUGCGUGGCAACAACCAUUUGUUGCGUCUCGUGGACGAUGCCGCCAACAAAAUCCAUUCGAUGAUCAGUAAGGCUGCGGAAGCGUAUCAUAACGCUGCACUGUUGUCACCAGCGUCAUCAUCUGCGGAGUAUCACGCCCGCUUCUUACAAUCGUUGCUUGCCAACGAUGUGUACAAGCAGCAGCAGCAGCAGCAACAGGUAGAGCAGGAGCGCAUGAAGCGGGAGUUGCCCUCUUUAAACGUGCAUCAUAUUCCGCAAAAUGCCCCCGCUCGUUCAACCCAUGGGUAUGCUCAAUCGCAGGCGUACCCACAAGCAUCACAACCGGUUGACUACAACAGUGGCUACUACGUGCAGUCGUCCGUCGCUUCGCAGGCAUCUGCAGUAUCCUCAGGAGCAUCUACCUCGUCGACCAUGUCUUCGCCCUACACCCCGACACAGCCCGCUGGGUAUUCUCAGGUGCGGGACGGUGACUACGCCAUGACCGACGCGUCCGUGCGCCACAGCUCGCUGAGCAACCUGAGCUUAUCGGGGAUGGCGACGACGUACGCGCAGUACCAGGCGCAGCCGACCUCAGAGCACGAUGCGUCAUACUGGCGGAAGAUGUGGUGCGACCUUGGGAUCGAUGGCAACGUGGACCCGACGUCGGCGUACGGCGUGUACCAGGCAAACGGCGCUGGUGACAGUGCGUCGGCAGCGGCCUCGCAGGCGUCGUACGGCAUGACAUACCGCGAUACGCACGUCGGCGACCACGGCUACCAGAGCCACCAUCCGCAGCCGCAGCCGCAGCAUUAUCAGUACCCUGUCGUAAACGCGUACCAGAGCGCUGCUUAUAGCAGCCGAUGACGUCCCCGCAUCCCUCACUGAUAGCCCUGGUCUCCCAUCUUGAACCAUGUGCUCCCGUCCUAUGUAUUUAUCCCUCCGCCGCGUCUCCCGCCCUCGUCUGUCCGUCCGCCUGCCUGUCUUGUCGCGCCCCUUGCCCAGGAGUAUGCAACCCUUCGUCUACACUACGGCCUGCUGUCUCUCUAUUUUUAUUUCUGCCUGUCCCUUGUACUAUAGCCUGGUGUGAUAGUGUAGACGUUCCGGUGUAAUGGCUCUUGGGAGAUCUUGUCGCAUCAUGGCUCACAAUGCAAGUUCUUCUUGAGAUC